AUGCCUAUUAUACGGAUAACGGCUCUAGGCGUCUGGGGGGUGUGUCACGAGAUAUGGAUGUGGUUAAUGCUGCCCACAUUGAGUGGGCCCGCUUUUUGUGACAGAAGACCUGACCCUUGGCCCAUCCACGCGUCGCUCUGCUGCCCAGCAUAUCUGACGAUGGCAGAAGUCAGAACAACAGCGAUUGGUACGAUGGCGAUUGAGGCGGGUGCAAUCAAAAGUAAAAGGAAGCUUAAAGCGAUGUGGCUAACCAGGUUAGCCACUGGGCGGAUGUGUCCAUGUGAGACCACUGCUCUAGCCUGGAGCUGGUGUCGACGAUGA